AUGGAAGAUGAUACUAUUGGAACUGCUUGUAUGUUAAUUGCUAGUAAGGAUGAAGACAAACCUUAUAGCCUACGGAAUGUUAUUGUUUUUUCCUAUUGUCUCAAUCACCAGCACAAUCUUGAAGAAGCUAUGAAGCGCAUAAACGAGAGUCAGGAAAUAUAUAACUCACGGAAAGAGUUAAUCAUUCUUGCAGAGAAGCUUGUACUUGCUACUUUAAAUUUUACUUUUGAAAUUCUACAUCCCUAUGACUUCCUUACAGCCUACGUGACAACCUUAGCCAUUAAGCCUGUCGAAAAGAGCAAAGUUGUUCGAGUUGCCUGGGACUUGGCCAAUGAUGGGAAUUUGACAACGCUUAGCUUGCAAUUCUGGCCGCAACACAUUGCAGGAGUUUGCAUUUUCCUUGCUGUCAAGUUCCUAAAAUUGAAGCUUCUGGAUAGUAGUGAGAGCUAUUGGUGGAAUACGCUUGGAAUCACCCAACAACAAUUGGAAGUGAUUAGCAACCAGUUAUUUAGAAUCUAUGUGGUCCUUAGAAAAGGAAGAAACCUGGAAGGAAAUGCAGGUGAUGGAAGGGGAGCAAGAGCUGAUGCAGAGGCUCCUGCUACGAAUGAGGCGCAAGCACGUGAACCGAAUCCAUCAUCUAAAGGAAAAGAAGUAGUAGGAUGUGCAAGUGGUGCUGGAGACGGAGAUGGAACAAGUACUGCUGGAGAUGGAGAUUUAGCAAGUGCUGCUGCAGAGACUCUGGUCCUGCUACUACAUCAGGCGCGAGCAGUACAGCAGGCGCAAGCAGUACAGCGAGUGCAAGCAGACGAGCCUAAUCCAUCGUCGUCUAAAAGAGAAGAACAGGUGGAAGGAAGUUCAACACCAGCUGCUGCAAAUGCUCUGGUCCGUCCUCCUAGGUGUAACCCCUAA